AUGGUAUUGAAUGCUGAACUAAAGUCUACAAAAAGGACCCUUGCAUAGGUCUUUGGAGACUCAAGAUGUUGUAGGAUGUAGUGCAGAGCCAUAUUAACAGCAUCAUCUGUUGAUCUAUUUGCUCGGUAUGCAAAUUGCAAGGGGUCUAACAGCGGAUCCAUGAUGGUUUUCAGGUAGGAAAGCACUAGCCUUUCAAAGGUUUUCAUGACUACAGAUGUUAAAGCAACUGGUCUGUAGUCAUUCAGUUCCUUGAUGGUGGGCUUCUUCGGCACUGGGAUGAUGGUAGAGCGUUUGAAGCAAGAAGGAACAUAACACAUCUCUAGUGAUUUAUUGAAAAUAUGGGUGAAGAUGAGGGCCAAUUGGUCAGCACAGACUUUUAAGCAAGAAGGAGUUAUCUUGUCUGGGCCUGGAGCUUUUCCUGGCUUUUGUCUGUGAAAUAGGUCCUGCACUUCCUUUUCUGUGAUCACUAGGGGUUGUGAACCCAAUGAAAUGGGGUCAGUUGUAGGAGGCUUGGCUGUUGAUGGUGUGUCUGAGAUGGGGGUUGUGGAGAUAGGUGGCUGUAGUUUCCUUUCAAACCUGCAGUAAAACUCAUUCAGGUCAUCUGCCAGUUGUUGAUUACCUUCAGCCUGGGAAGGAGGUUUGCCAUAGCCGGUGAUAUUUUUAAGAGUUUUCCACAUGUUUGCUGGUUCAUUUGCUGAAAACUGAUUCUUUAGCUUUUCAGAGUAGCUUCUUUUUGCUGCUCUGAUCUCCCUUGUUAGUGCAUUUCUGGCCUGAUUGUACAGCAUUUUAUCACCUUUUCUGUAGGCUUCCUCUUUGGAAUGUCGUAGCUGCUUAAGUUUAGGUGUAAACCAAGGUUUGUUGUUACUGUGUAUUCGCAAGUUCCUUGUAGGUAUACAUAGGUCUUCACAGAAGCUGACAUAUGAUGUUACAGUAUCUGUGAGUUCAUCCAGGUCUGCAGAGGUAUCUUUAAAAAUAUUCCAUAAAGAGGAAUGGGCUAAAAUUCCCCCAAACUCAUAUGUGGAACUGAUCAACAUUAUUGAACAUGUUUAGCUGCAUUUAUUGCUGCCCAAAGAGGAACACACCAAUUCCUAAAGGAAAGGUUCACAUACUUUUGCCAUGCACAAAUAGGUGCUUUUGCAUCAUUUUCCUCAAGAAAUAAAUAUAAUAUUUUUAAACUAAUUGGUUUACCUGGAUUCUCUUUAUUUAAUGUUAGGACUUGUGGAAAACAGAUCACAUUUUAGGUCAUAUUUAUGCAGAAAUAUUGAUAAAUUCUAAAAGGGUUCAGAAACUUUAAGCAACAUUGAAUAUGAAACAACUGGGAUAGGUCAUCCAUUGGGAUGCUGAUGAUCUUCUAAUCUCCAAUCUGAGCCCAGUGAAAGGUGCAACAGAUGCCCUGUCCCAGGGCCUGGAGACUUUUCAGGAACCGAAUGGGGAAAGGCAAGCUGGGACUUGACUCAAACAAGACAGAGUGACUCUUAAUUGAAGAACUUUCUGAUUCCAGAAUUAUACCAUCUUUGACUCUUGAAAGGGUUGUGGUCCUUUGAGUUCAUAGUUUCAUUCAUAGCUCUGGGAAACCAUGUGAUUAGCAGGGGCUUUGCCCAGCUGGAAUGCCAUGUGACCUUAUCUGAAACAUUCCUGAUUAGAUUUCUGUAAUUUGAUUUCCUUAAUGUUGUCCUUAAAGACCACCUGGAAACUUCAGCUGGUCCAGAAAGCUAGAGCUAGCAUGUUUGUUGACCAGUCUUGGUAUUGUAAUGAUGCACUAUUAUUAUAAUUGGUUGCCAAUGUGUUUGUGAGUGCAAUUCAGUAUAAUGGUUGCUACCUUUAAAGCCCUCAGUGCUUAGGGCCUUGGUAUCUAAGAUAUCAUCUUUCUCAGAUAGUCUCUAGUUAUCUAUCCCACGUGGCUAGAGAGUAUCUAUUAAGAGUUCUCAUCUAUCAGGAGGGGACCAAAUAUUGGAUGUUUUGCUGACAACUCCCUCUUCUAGAACAGCUUACUUCCUGAAGUGAGAAUUGCCUGGAAGCUGAAUCUCUUCUCUUCAGUGAAAUUGGUGAUCUCUUAGGAGAAGAUGAACUUCAGCUAGAUGUAGAGAAUGAAGCCUAUGAAAGCAACCUUGGUGACCUUGAGUUUGAUUUAGAUUUGAUGUCUUGGGAUUCAGAUGCAUGGGAUAUUACGAAGCAGACCCCAGCAGAUAUAGAUACAGAGUGCAAAGCAGAGCCUCUCUCACCAACUGCUUCAACAGAUUCAGUUCCUUCUCCUUUACCUGUGGACUCUCCAGUACAACAUGUACCUGAAGGUGUGGAUUUUGGCACAAAUUCGCACUUAUCCACUGCAUCGUUAUAUGACAAACACAGCUCCAAAUCAUCAUUACCUUUAGAGCAAACUCAGACGUCCCCACCUAAAACUACACGUGUUUCAGCAAAUGGAUCGUCGAUGACCCUUAAACGAAGUAAUCCAGCAGCCUCAAAACCGUUAAUUCAGCCCAAGCCUCUGUUGCGUGCCUUUUGUGAGACUCAGCCCAGUCACCAGGCAAAAGCCAUUGUCAUUCCAGCUCUUCCCGCACUCCUGACGCUGCCCAAGCAGCAGCCAGUUGUUACUAUUCAGCCGGCACCUCCAAAAGGUCAGCCACUAAUGUUUUCUCAGCCUGCUGUGGUUCAUCUUCAGACAUCUGGAAUCCUUCCUGCUUCAAAUCCAGCCAUUGCUGUUAAUGGUGGAGUAAAACCAUUAACAGGUCACACCAUUAGGGUAUUACCACAAUCAGCAGGAAAGAGUUUAUCCUGUGGGAACCUAGCAGAAGUUAAGCCUGUUCUUCACGCCACUUCCUCAAACACAAACAUAGAUGUGAAUGUUCUAAAACGGCAGCAGCGCAUGAUAAAAAACCGGGAAUCUGCUUGUCAGUCACGGAGGAAGAAAAAGGAAUAUAUGCAGGGUUUAGAAGCUAGACUGAAGGCUGCUUUGUUAGAAAAUGAUCAUCUUAAAAGAGAGAAUGGUUCACUGAAGAGACAGCUAGAUGACCUGGCAGUGGAGAAUCAGAAUCUCAAAGGCUCCCCUCCAAAAAGAAGAGCAUUCUGCGUGAUGGUGUUGCUUGCUUUUGUAAUGCUAAAUUAUGAUCGGCUAAGUGGGUUUGAAUGGGGACCUGAUUCUGCUGAACAUCUUGCCAGCACUGGCUACCAAAGUCGACAUCUUCUUGAAUUUUCUGCAAAUAGGCCUCAGGAAAUGGAUGGCAAGAAUAAUGACAGAUAUAUGCCAUCGGUUUCGGAUAACAAAGCGCUCAUGGUAGUUACUGAGGAACCAAUAAUAUAUGUUCCUCCCCCACCUUGCCAGCCAUUUAUCAACCGGACAGAAACACUCAGGUUAAGUCAUGAACUAAGAGGUUGGGUACAUAGACAUGAAGCAGAAAGAACAAGAUCAAGAAGGAUGUCAAAUAAUCAGCAGCAAAAAGAGCAGACUGCCCAGAGUGCUUCAGGAAAAAAUUCUGAACUAAUGACUCUUCCCUAUACAGACAACAGUGUUGGUAGGAAUUCAGGAAGUGAGCUACAGGUUUAUUAUGCUUCACCACGGAAUUAUCAAGAUUUUUUUGAUGCGAUUCACAGAAGGGGAGAUACAUUCUAUGUGGUGUCAUUCCGUAGGGAUCAUCUGUUGUUACCUGCUACCACGCACAAUAAGACCAGGCGACCAAAGAUGUCAAUAGUGUUACCAGCAAUAAACAUCAGUGAGAAAAUAAUUAAUGGGCAAGACUAUGAAGUUAUGAUGCAAAUAGACACUGAAGUAAUGGAUACCAGGAUCCUGCAUAUCAAAAGCUCAUCCAUCCCACCUUACCUUCGAGAACAACAGAGGAACCACACAACAUCCUUCUAUCAUUCUCCUCCAACCGUUCCAGAGGCAGCUCCUGCUGUGAGAACAAUCACCGAAUCACCCCAAUAGACUCUCCAAAUGAGGCUUUUCUAUGUGCUCUGGGAUAGGCAACCCACGUAGGUGUGCCAUGGCAGUGUCAGGGGCAGUAUCCUGUCUUAAACAACAGCUUGAGGUUUCUGGAUCUCAGGAUUCUGUCUGCUUUUAGACCUAGCCAAAAAAUAGUUUCUCGCUCACUCUGUCUAGAUGAUCUGCCAUCUUUAUAAGACAAUAUUUAUGGGUCUAAGAACUUCACUUUGUUAAAAGAAAUGCUAAAAUUGCAAUGGGUAAAAUAGUGUUAUUGAUGGAAGUGAGGCUUCUGUGGGGUUAACUAAGUCCUGGGAUGGGAGGUGGGCACUAAAUGUCAUUUCGUUCCUCUACCUUCUUAAAAAUAUAUAUUAAUUUCUUUCCAGUUUCUGAAGAAGAAAUGUAGGAGCCACAUAUGGAUUACAGGUUAUCUGCCGCUAAUUGUUUGUAUUGUUCUAUUUUUAAUUUCAGUUUGUCUAUAGAAUUUAUACUUUGCAUUCUUUAUUCAGUCUUAUUCUGGGUUCUCUUUCCUGCUGCUUUUUACCAGUGGGGAAAGGAGGAAGAAAAUAAAGAAUACAGGCUCUUGUUCACCGAAUUAGAGUUUAAGCUAUUCUUCAUUGCACUUAUUUUCAGUACUUUUUCAUUAUUUUAUUCAGUCUCUAGACAAAGUACUAUAUCCUACACUGGCUUUUUCCGGUUCUUUAUUAUACAACAAAUGCCCAGUCCAGCUGUUUUGAAUUUGUUACAUAAGAUACAGAUGUUUUGUUGAUACCACCCUUUAACUAUGUGCAAAUUAGUAAAAUAUUGUUACUGGGGAAAUGUUUCUAGUACUAUUAUAGAAAUUAAAAUUCUCCCAGUUACUCAGAAACUAGUACCUCAACUAGUUUCAUGGGUACCUAUUGACCGAGACUUGCAACAUUAUUAAUGAAGAGCUUUGUUUUGAAUACUAACGCUCUUAUUACUUUGGUCUAAAUUUUAAGUGAAUGUACUAGAAUUGGGGCAAGUGGUGCUUAUCUAUUGGCCCAGGUUCUGUAUAAGAGAACCAAAGCCAGAAAGAAGCAAUGUUCAUGUGUGUGCAUCUUCAUGAACUUCCUGCAUGAAUCUGCUCAUAAGAAUAAUUUAUGUCCUCUGGUUUGGCAACAGGGAAGGAUAAAAAAGGGUGGGUUCUAGUGGAAAGGCCCUCAUUCAUAUUGAGAGCACUAGAUCGAUGAGAAGAGGUUCUCUGCCUUUUCCACUCCACCUCUUUCAUUGACAUAGUUCAUGCCCACAUUGGGCAUAUAGAAUACCCACAUUGGGAUAUACUUUGAGAUUGGGAUAAGGGAGGAUGUGUUGCCCAAUGAGGGAUGCGGUAUAGGGAUACAAUGCAGGGGAUACAAAUUAGAGCAUAGUACCACAUAAACUAAGGUAUUUAUUUCUUAUCAAAUAUCUGAGCCUCCUUUAGAUGUAAAUAUCCUCAGGGCAGAUUUCAUAGCAAAGGUAAGACUAGUGAGGAGGAAAGAGCACUAGGCUAAGCAUCUGGGAAGUGGGAAAAUAAACUCUGAAUGUAAAAGGCUGCUUCAAAUAAGUGGAGAACGUAUGCACCACACGCGAAGCUUUGUGUGUCUCUCAGCAAAGAAAACCUCCAUUAGCUCACUCCAUUGCAUAGUCAUAAUCUACUUUUCUUCCCUUCUGUAUGUGCGUGAUCUUGUUUGACCUUCAAAAUUCCACUUCCACAUCCUGCAAUCUUACUUUAUUAAAGUUUAUCACAACUUCCACAAAAAUCCACCUCAGGCAUUGAACAGGUAUUUAUGUAAAUGUAUGUGCAGUGUGCACAAUGUAACGACAGAUGGAAGUGCAAGAGAUGAACAAUAGUCUUCUCUGAAAAGGAUUGGGCAAAAUUCUUGUCUGUAUCUGUUGUGUUGUGGGUUGAAUCAUUGAUACAUUAACUCUCUUGGAUAACAGAUUGAGUAGGAGUUGUAACAUUACAUGUGUAUACUUUAACCUUGAAAUCUAUCAGCCUUAUUUUCUGUGCUGUUAUUUACACACAUGAACUGCUAGAUAUAAGUAAUGUAAAGUCAAUGAUAUGUACUUCAAAAUGUUUUUAAGUCUUUUUUCAGAAGCAUCUAAAGUGACCUGGUCAAAACCUAACAAAAUUAAACAAAGAUAAUAAUCCACCGUAAGCAGUAGCAAAAUAAUUGAAUAGCAUAAAACUAAAAUCCUUACAGAACAAGAAAAGAAACUGGCAGCAGAAUUAGGCCAAGUCAGCUUCACCCCAUAUUUUCCACCUGCUCUGCCCCAUUUCUUGUUUGUAUUACGUACAGUAAGCUUCUCACAAGGCAAGAAUCAUUUUUUAUUAGUUAUUCUGUAGAGUACUAUGAACAUUGAUAUAUCGGAAACACAAUGCAUUGCUACCUUGAGAGUAGCAUGAAAUUACUUGUUAAAAAUUAACUUCUAUCACAAGAAGUUGCAUUGUACAUGGAGCUGAGGAUCUCAGAGCUUUUAGUCUUGAGGGACAAAACAAUUCUGGUUUUUUUUUAGAGAAAAUUUGUCUGGCUCUUACUGGAAAUUGAGUAAUGUUUUGUAAACAUUAUUUGAUUAAAGAAGGCGUUGUUCACUUGGAUGCUGAUGUUCCUUUGUGCCACAAUCAGGAGAACACUUUUCCCUGUUAACUGUUCCCUAUAGACAUCCAUACUAUGUGCAAUUUAAUGCUGUGGAAAUAAACAAAAAGAUGUUUGAAUGUGCACUUUUAAAAAAACAGUAGGGAACAGAUCAGUGAGCAGUUUACUAGAAGUUUUCUUUGGUAUCUUGGUAGUUAUUCUGGUUUUCAGAUUAAUUUGACUCAAGAUCACUAAGAAUUUGCCAGAUGGGAAGCAUUUUUAGUUCAGCUAUUUUUUUUCUGCAUCUUAUAUGUUACAGUAUUAUAAUAAAAAUCUUUUGCGGUCAAAGUAAGUUUUAGAUCCAUAAAGCUAUUGCCAACUAAAAUCUAACAGUGGUUUUGAAUAUCAAAGUAUCCCAGAUCCAAUUUUACUAAAUAUGUUAUCUUGACUAAAGUACUUAUAAGUAUCUGCUGGUGGAAAAGUGUACCUUUUGAAAAGACGAAUCAAUGGGGUGGGGAAAAAAGAAUUCAAAACUUUGGGUCAAUCAGGCCUAUGUUUGUUUUUAGUUUUCUCUCUGCCUUAAGCAUCCUUCCUUGUUUGAAAAACUCUUCCCCUUCUUGAGGGCCCUUGUUCAUCUCUAGUCUGGCCAACUGUGGAAAUCAGUUUUGAGCUGUUCUCCUGCCAGCCUCAGCAUUUCUUCAAUAUUGCCUGUCCAAAAUUGGCUGACUGCUUUUGGCUGAAUAAAUGUCCAGUGUUGCUUUUUCAUUGCUGUGCUGGAAAUACAACUCUUUGCAGAACACUUGAUUAAAAACAAACAGCCUUCCUCCUCUGAGAAAGUAUAUGGGUAUAUCACAAAAGCCUAAAAUUUCUUGGGUGUUUUCUUUACAGACUGUAACAUCUUUAAACAAUGUUAAAAUGGUGUCUUGCACAUUAGAUCGAUCUGUGCUUUGAGUAAUGCUGUAAAGUAGGUUUAGUUAAUUUAAGGAACACUGAAUUCAGUGGCCUACUCUUAACAAUUGUUAAGUUUGUACUUAAUGUGCUGUUUUGGUUUGUUUGUUUUGGCAUUUUAUCUUUUAAGUUAUUUCCUUGUUUCACUAUUGUGCUUAUUUCUUUGAAAUAUCUGAAUAAGAAAUCAUUUUUGUUAUCUGAAAUUACUGUUGGAAGAGUGAGUGCAUUGUCUUUUGUUGAUAGUCUUUAAACAAGAUACCUGGAAUACUACUGGGACAUCACAAUAAAAAAUUACUAUAUGUUUACAUUCUCUUCUAAAAGAUAAAUAAAAUAUACAUGUAGAGCUGUG